GUUCUCCUUAUUUACAUCAUUAGAUCGCGCGACACUGUCAUCUGUAGCACCACUUUCUCAUAAUCAUCAACGAGUGGUACACUAUGCAUCUGAGCAUGCUCCAAAGCAUUGGGCUACACUGGCUCUUAAUCGUUAAUACUGUUGAUGUCGGGUUGCUUACGUCAUCGACAAGCGACGAAUUUUGUCUCUUUGUAUUCAUUCAGGAGGCAAGAAGAAAAGAAGGGAGUAAGAUCUCCAGAACAAGACCAUGGCAGGCGUGGGCUUUGAAGAAUUCUCUGUGCCUCCUGGCUCAGAGCUGGCACUGCCCCCUCUUUUUGGUGGCAAUAUCCUUGAGAGUGAACUGGAGACAGAAGUGGAGUUUGUUGACGGGGGGCUGCCGGAGGAGGAGGAAGAGGAGGGGGCGUUGCGGCAGCAGGAGAUGACACGGCGCAAGUGCCAAGCACUUGCUCGGCGCUGCAAGGAGUUAGAACAGGUGAAUGAGAGGAUGCUAAAUCGGCUGCAUCAGGUCCAGAGAAUAACUCUGCGCCUCAAACAAGAAAGAAGAUUUCUCAUGAGGGUGCUGGAUUCCUAUGGUGACGAUUAUAGACAAGGCCACCUUGACAUAGUGCUGGAGGACGAAGGGAACCACAGCAUGGAUGCCCCGACGCCUGGCAACACAGAGAAUGAGCCCCCUGAGAAGGAUACCCCCAGGCGCCUUGCAGGCACCUUGCCUGCCCAAGAACCGGAGAGCCUGUCACCUACUGAAGGGCCCACCAGCAAGAAACGGCGGCGCCACGUGCGAGAGGAAAAGGAAGUGAAGCUGCGGCAAGCCGCCCAAACGUUGCUUUCCAUGGAAGAGUUUCCUACACAGAUAAAGACGGAAGAGGAUUUCCAGUGUGAGCAAGAUGAUGUUCUCACACCCACCUGGCAACAGUCCAGCCCCCAUGAUAAGUUACUCCAUUAUCCCAAGUUUUCUAGCCCUGGGGCCUGUUCCGAUUUUGACUGACCCUCCAAGUGACUACUCACCUGACCUCCAGAGGAGACUGUAUAUAUAUGUAUAUCAGUUAACCCAAGAGGAAGCCAUUGGGCUGUCUACGGAAAGUUGCCUAGUGCUGCCUUUGAGGCUGUAAGAUGGACCAGUUCAGUUUUAAGAGGCAGUAAGAAGCACAGCAUGAAGCUGUUUAAGGGGCACAUGGUCUGCUCUGAACAGAGACUGAGCUGCUGAAGGGAAGUCUUGCAAACUGAAAUGCCAGCACUUGGAAGUCAAUGAGGCGAUUCGCGAGAGCACCAAAAAGUGGGCUAAGGGAGCCUAGCCCGCUUUUUGGUGAUUGUGUGCUGCAAUGGGAGCCCCGCAGCUCCCGGCAGCAAACCUCACUAAUUCCCCCUCCCCGUAGCCAAGGUUAACGGAGCAAGUACUCCAUUAACCUCAGUGUUUUGCUCAUGCAUUGUUGCAGCACACGGUGACACAUGAGUAGACCCCCGGCUCAGGGGUCUCUCCAGGAUGUCCCGGAACUUCCAGAGCCACGCAGCCCCCACUGGCUCGGUGAUGGAGCUGGCAGUCGUGUGGGCGGCCAAUUUGGCCGCCCAGGGCUGCCUGGCGAUCCUCUGUGGGGGGAGUGGGCUAACCCCUUAGGGCGAGUCUCACUGAUUGAGACUCUCCUCAAUGUGUAAUAAUGUUCAAGCCGGUAUGUAGUAGAGAUACAAAGGGAUUGCAUUUCAGGGGUUUAAAAGCUCAAUAAUGGAAGUAGGGUGGAAAUGGAUGUUCAGGGGUUAGCAUUUGCAAGUCUUUCAGUGUCUAGGGAGGGUAAGGGGAAUCGUCAAAAUUAAGCCACCCAUAAGAUGUAGAAGUGCUUACCCUGUCGGGACUAGGAUGUAUAAUAGUUUCUGGAAGGGGCAGACAUGUUGCAAGAGGGAGCACUGUCUCCCACGCACGAUUUAAGAAAGUGAUUGGAAAUUGAAGCGGUUACUGCUUAGUGCGAUAAGAUUCUCUGCAGGUGAAGAGUGUCUCUCUAUGGUUGCUAAGAAAAGGAACAAGCUCCUCCGAAGACUUUUAUAAGUUUCUGACCAAGGACACCAUGAGAUGCAGUAUGAUGGACAAGCUGUUCGUAUCCUGUACUAGAACAAAAAUUGAUUCUGUACCAACAAAAGUUGAGUGCUUCACCCUAUAUAAACUAUGUCAACCAA